AUGGCGGAUGAACUAGCAGCCGCAGCUGGGGGAAAAAUUGCAGCGAAGAAGAAAAAAAUGGGACAUAAAUGUUGUGCAGCUGCCAAUUGUAAUUUUCGAAGUGACAAUCGUCCUGAUUUGUCUUUUCAUGAGUUUCCAAAGGAUGAUUACUUAAAAAAGAAGUGGGAAGUCAAAAUGCGAAGAGGAGACGCUACUUUCAAAAACAUUGCGAAUAAGUUUUGUUGUUCUGCGCAUUUUUUGCCAUCGGAUUUCAAACAGAGUUUAACGGGGCAUAGGCGAGAUUUAAAGAGAGGAGCAAUCCCUUCAGUGUUUAAAUGGGCACCAGUAACUAGUGACCCCAGAGGAGAACGUUUAAAAUUGCGAAACGAAAUGAUUGCCAAAUCCAAAUCUGAACAACAAACCGAGCAUGGACCUGACGAGCAGCAACUUGCAGGUUCAUCAAUAUCAUCUUAUUCAUCCGGCAGAAAUAUGGUUGUUUUUGGCCCUCGAACACUCGAAGAAUUUAUCAAUGAAAAGAAAGAAGAAGCAGAGCAGCUGAAAGCAGAACUUGCUAGAGCCAAGGAGAAAGAAUAUAUUUUUACGUUUGGUCUGGAAAGAUUCUCAGGUAGUAAUGAGGACAUAAACUUUUACACAGGAUUUCCUGACUAUCAAACGCUGAUAGAAUUCUGGAAAUACAUAGAACCUAAUAGUUCUAGAUUAACAUACUACAGUUAUCUUAAGAAUUCCACUGAUGUUAACUUUAACAAUGCAUUUCCAUACCUUAAUUUAACUGAAAAAAAGUUUCCUGGUAGUAGUGUAGGUGCCCAACGCAGUCUUCAGCCUAUAGAUGAGUUUUGGCUUUUCCUAACUCGACUCAGAGUGGGUCUGUUAGAGCGUGACUUGGCUUUCAGGUUUAAUAUCUCUGUGCCAACAGUAUCAGACAUAAUUAUAACUUGGAGUAACUACAUGUAUAUAAUGCUUGGGAGCUUGCCAGUAUGGACUUCAAGGGAAGUAAUUAAGUUACACCUACCUGAAGCCUUUAGAGGGCGAUUUGAAAAUGUAAGGUGCAUCAUAGACUGCACAGAGGUUAAGUGUGAAAAACCCCAAGAUCUUCAGAAGCAAAGUGAAUUUUAUUCUGAGUACAAAGCACACAAUACUUAUAAGGGAUUGGUAGGCAUAUCUCCUAAUGUUUGGGUUACAUUUGUAAGCAACCUGUAUGGAGGUAGCAUAUCUGACAGAGAAAUUGUGGAGAAAAGUCACUUUAUUGAUCUGUUAGAACACCCUGAUGUAAUUAUGGCAGAUCGUGGCUUUGAGAUACAGGAUAUUUUAGCAACCAAACAAGUGAGACUGUUCAUCCCACCAAAGAGGCAGUCCAAAAUGGAUCAGUUUUCAAAAGAGGAUUGCUUUGAGACAAUGAGAAUUGCUAAU